AUGCCUUACCAUCAGUUGCGAAAUCCUCUCCGCAUUUCUGCAGCACCUUUCAAACCUUCAUUUCUCUCCAUACCACCUUCGCCGUUUUCUCCGCGCACGCCUCUCACACCUGUUCUUCCAAAUCGACAACGAGAUGAGAAGACGAAUCAACAAAGCAUUGCAGUUUACCCAAAACCUCCUAUCGAGGCGCCAACAAGUCCCUUGUCAUGGAUGUGGAAGUGCCACCAAUGCCGUCAUAGCUACCGCCUAGGCGUGACACGACGCUGUCUCGAGGAUGGGCACCAUUUUUGCAGCGGCGCUACCACCGUCAAGUCUGUACAAAAGUCCAACAGCCCACGUAAAUCCCGGAAAUAUCGCGCCUGCGCCAGUGAGUUUGAUUACUCCGGUUGGAAGACUGUGGGUCGAUGGCGCCGAGGUGGCCCAAAAUGCAAGGCCAUAGCAUAUACAGGUUCACAGGCAGAUAGCCAGGACAAACUCCCAAGGCAGCAAGAUUGUUGGAACACGUGUGACUACCCAUCCGAGUGUCGUUGGGGUAAGCGAUUCGGUAUCCACACACCUGUCGAAACGUCUUUCCCUAGUAUCGAAGUCAACUCCAUGCCGUCACUAACUGCUCCUGUCAAUUUCAUGCCUCGAAGCACACUCACGCGCCAGAACUGUGGUAACAUACACACACCGAGGCAAGCGGACAAGACCGACUUUUGGGGCACACUCUUAGCAAGUGCGGAGCGUCGCAAAAGUGCUGGUGAACGCGGUGCCAGUCAGCUUUCCAAUACUAUGGAGAAGAACAAGACACAGGGACAAGGCGGUAACACUCCAAAUGAGAAAGACAGCGACGGCGAUGUAGCCAUGGAAACCAUCGACCCAGCUCUUCUUGAUUGUCCAGGUAACACACCUCUAUCAACUCAUUCUGACACGUCAACUGUAGGCUCUCUCAGGGCUUUGGUUAGCAGAACACGAUAUCGACGCGUCAAGUCGCGCUCCAAAGUGCACAGUACGACUGACAAGAACUGUGUUGGACAAAAACCUAUGGUGCCGAGACACGUGACAACGGAAUUGGAGGACCAGGUCAGUCUCAACGAAUCAGACAUGUUGAUAGAAGGUUUUGCCCCGUUGCAUCGUGUGCAAAGUAGAGGGGUGGGCUAUCAGUCUUGUCCAGUAUGAGAUAUAGCCUCCGUUCACUUGUUCGGGUCUUUGUAGGUCAACGACCCGUAAGAGUACCAUAUGUGCCAGACAAAUAAGACUAUGCAAAUUGCAAAAUGCUGCAUUCUCAUGACAAAGGAAAAC